AUGACUGGACGAGCUCCUACAGCUCUAUCAGGAUUUGAGACAAUUCACAUUGCUCACGUUCUUGAACAAUUAGUCAGAGGUUACUUAACAGGUACAAAUCAAUCUUCCUGGAAGAAACACAUUUUAAGUUACGGAAAUAGGUCUGCAAUUUCUAACAUUAACACGUAUUAUUACAGAUUUGAGUUUCAACAAAGGGGAACUGUGCAUCUACAUCUUUUGGUAUGGUUAAAAAACAUCUCAGAAACACAGUUCAAACUUAUACGAGGUGACAUACCAUAUGAAAACAAACAAUUGGCAUUUUUAGUGAAAAAGCUUCAACCUUCGGAUAAAGAUGUUUUGCCACUAAACAACAACCCUACCUCAAUCGAAACUAUAAAUGACCAAAAAGUAUUGCAAAUUUCUCAUCCUGCCGAAUCGUUUGCGAUGAACCUUCGCGGUUACAUUGAGACAAUACUGCCUACACUCUCAUGUAGAAUGGAUGUACAAACAACUGAUGGCAAAGGAAUGAUACUUCGUUAUGUAACAUCUUACGUUUCCAAGUGGCAUGAUGCGUUCUCUAACGAUGCACUGUACUCCACACAUGUUGCACCUUACCAAGCAGCGUACGUCCACGUCAAACAAAUGAAACCAUGCGAACCAGAAAUGUGGUUGCAUCUUACCAGCAUUAAAAUGUCGUGGACAUGCAGUAGAACGAAGGAGUAUAUUGUGCCACUUUCCUCAACUAUUGCAAAUAACACAAUUCACGCUAAAUACUUAACAAGGCCUAUUUCAAUGACUAAUUUGUCUUUUCUUAUGUGGCUGCGAACUGUCGACACUACUAAAUCCAAUUGCCUUCCAUACAAAAGCGGAAGUACCCUUGUUUCCAUCAAAAUGGUAUCACCAUUUAAUGAUGAAUAUUUCUUUCAACAUUUACUCAUGAAUCAUCCUCACAAUGCAACAGCUCAAUUGUUUCAUCCUCAACUUGACGAACUACCGUGCAGAAUAAAGUUUUUCGCAAGUGCAGUAAAGUUAAACAGCACGUUUUGGAAUCAUCUUCCUAGUAUAUCAGAAUAUUUCGAAAAACAAGGUAACAAAUCGUACUACGUUGCAACACUUUGUGCUUACAUCAGAAGUCUUCAUGACACGAUGUAUCUUUGGCAAAAACGUGUUCUUAGCAGUACACAACUUAAUAGUGAAUGUCCUUCUGACACCACAUAUUUGCUUGAUAAUUUUCAAAACAUGAUAUUUUUGAGAAUAAGCCUGUUCCUGCAAUGUAGGGAUGAAUAUUAUACCAACGACAAUUUAUACACAGACUCAGAUGACGAACACGACGAAAACAAUUCUGAACAUAAUGAAGAUUCACCUGCCAAUAACAACCCACGCGACACCCAAACGUUUUGGCGUAAAUUUGUUUUAAUUACUGGACGACAUGGCACAGGUAAAUCACAAACCAUAUGUCACACAAUUUCCACAUGCCUCGAACAACAGCGUAAAGCUUUACUUGCAGCCCCAACCGGAAUAUUAGCUGCUCGAUACAGAAAUAUUUUUGGUUCAAAGAUAGAUGCAGAUACCGUGCACAGCGCAUUCCAUUUUCCCGUCAGUCCUGAUGAACAUCCUACAAUUAACUGGAAUAUAUCUUCAUAUGACAUUGUGAUAAUAGACGAAAUUUCUAUGAUUCCCAAAACGAUAUUUGACCAUAUUAUUCGUACAAUGCAACAAAUUCCAAUCCGACCAAUACUUGUACUCGCUGGUGAUGUUCAGCAACAGCAACCAAUUGAAACAAUGGACGGCCAAAUCUGUCAAGUGGAAAGUAUUCUAAGCGAACCACGAUUUAUGUCUAUUGUUGAACACUACAAAUUGACGCAACAAUAUCGAGUUUUAGAUGAAGAAUACGAAAGAUUUAUACAACAUAUCCGUUAUUGGCGACCAACACAACAACUGCUUGAUCAAAUGCAGCAAGGUCGCGUAAUAUGCCAACAAUCUGAGCCCACAGAUGAUGAAAUAUACAACGUUGUUUCACAGAAUCCGGACUCAACAGUUUUAACUGUAUCGAAACGGGCUUGCCACAAAGUCAAUCAGGCAGUUAUUGCCAGGCUAUUUGCACACCAAGUGCCUCUCGCUCAUGUUCAAUGCGACAACGAAACGACUGACAUUCCAAUAUACAAAAACAUGCGCGUUAUCAUCACUCAAAAUCGCGAUAAGUCAAACGGAGUCGUCAAUGGCCAAGAAGGAACAGUACAUUGCAUCGAAAACGAAACUAUAUUUCUCAAACUCGCAAAUGAAAAAAUUGUAGCAGUCUACCCAGUUACCUACCAGAAUUUGGAAAAUGUCGUCAAGUACUGUUAUCCUUUAAUGCCUUCAUAUGCAUUAACUAUCACUAAAUCGCAAGGCAUGAAUUUGAAGACUGUAAUAAUAUGGUUUGAUUGCAACAAAUUACCAACUGGUUCAGCAUAUGUUGCUCUGUCUCGUAUCCGACGUCGUCGAGAUCUAAUUCUGUUGACACCAAUGCUUGAAAAUCAUGUAACCCCAGUUACAAUAGGUUGA